AUGAAGAAGAUGAAACAGACCGAAAUUUCUGGUGAUCCCCGGCAGAAAACCGAGCUUGCUCGUGAGUUGUACAGAGAAGGCAAAGUUGCCGAGACUCUGGAAACAACAACUAUGAUAAUGGAGGAGCAUGGUCUUUACAUGGACUGUAUUAUACUGCACGCGAACUGUCUUUGCUAUUUCCAAGACUGGAAGAAAUUAUUUUUGCUUGCUCAUGAAUUGGUGUUUUCUUUUCCUGACCACCAUUAUAGCUGGUAUGUGGUUGCUGCGUACUACUUUACGUGUAACAACAUCCCUGCUGCGAAGAAUUUCAUAAACAAAUCGGCGUUGAUGAGAACAGCUUUCGGUGAGGCUUGGAUUGCCUAUGGUCAUAUCCUAGCGGCGGAAUCCGAGAACGAACAAGCCCUGAAUUGUUACUAUCGGGCCGCGCGAAUCUUACCUUGGCAUUACGAACCAAAGAUGUACAUAGGAAUGCAAUAUUGCAGAGUCGGGGUGAGGAUGGCUGAGGAGUUUCUUCGUGAAGCUUCUUGUAUCAGGUCAUGUGAUCCAGUCAUAAUGCAUGAGCGUGGAUCUUACUACUAUCGCUAUGGCAAAUUCCAUACAGCUGAGCAGUUCUUCCAGAACGCUUUGUUGGCAGUCCUUGGGACUGAUUCAGAAGAUGCUGAGUUUUUGGAUUCAAGUGCCAUACUCAACGAGCAGAUUGAUCCGUUUUGGCAACCUCUCAUAGCCAGUUUGGGACAUGUAUCUCGAAGACUUGGCAAGUACAAAGAAUCUAUCAAUUUUCAUAGAUAA